AGACACCACGGCUCUCAUCAGGUAGAGCCUUACCCGCAGUUCAGUGCAGGACUCUUAUGUACGUUGACAAAAACAUGUCUCUUGAGGGUCAAGACGUCCUGUGAAGCCAGACUGAGGUGAACAAAGGGCCAUGACCUGUCCACUUUACAAAGAGAUGGCUGUGAUAUAUUUGUAAAUACAUGUAGAACAGAAGAUUAUCAACAAUAACCAUGAUUGAAAUAUCAGCAACCGGUAAAAUCAUACUGGCUGUUGCCGUGCCAACCACAGUCUUUUUCAUCUACUGGCUUCUGAAGAGAAAUGAAGAAGACGACGACGAAGAAGAAGACAAUAUGAAUCGGGUCACAACUUCCAGACAGACUGUGAUAGAAGUUCGGGUGCCCAGUGAGGCCGUGGGGGCCGUGAUAGGGCGACAAGGGGCCACAAUUAAACAGAUCCAGGAAGACAGUGGGGCCAGAGUGCAAUUCAAGGAUCGGGACACAAAAGAGCGUGAUCGUGAUGAAGCCAGGACCAUUACAAUACGUGGGACGCUCGAGGCGGCGCAGCUUGCAGAGCUCCGCGUCAGGGAGGUGAUCGCUAACAUGCCAGUCAUCAGGUCGGAGGAAAUCUACGUGCCAGUCAAAUGUCUCGGCAGGAUUAUCGGCCGAAAUGGAGACACAAUUCGUCAAAUGUGUCGAUCGUCAAAAGCAAAGAUAAAAAUUGACCCAAAAGGAGAUGAGAGGGACCCAAAUGCAUUGAAACUAGUCAUGGUUACCGGGGGCGACCAACAGAUUGAAAUAGCCAAGGCUUUGAUAGAAGAGAAAAUCCAAGAGGAGGAGGAGUUCAGAUCACGCACAGCUGUCAUGGCAGCCAAUCGGGAACACCGUAGCAAGCGACGAAAAGAUGCCACCCAGUCAGAGGAGUCGAGACAAGAUGCAACCACAAAUGUAGCAGCCACAUUAGGUGCGGAGUCCUGGGAGACUCAUCCAGCAGAAGAGGCACAGUGGAUUGACCACAAGGACUCGUUCAUGGAAGUGUAUGUCUCGGCGGUGGAGACCCCCGGUCACUUCUGGGUGCAGAUCCUUAGUUCUAAGGCCACUCAGUUGGACCAGCUUAUCACAGAAAUGUCCAGACACUACACUCAAGUAACACCCAUGGAUCCCUCUCUGGAAACAUUAAACGUUGGUGAUAUCGUGGCGGCGCCAUUUCCUCACGACACAUCCUGGUACCGAGCUCGAAUCGUAGGCUUCGUCGACGACAAAGUGGAUUUGUAUUACGUGGAUUUUGGUGACAAUGGUUUGAUGAACAAAGAACAAGUACACUUGCUGAGAGGAGAUUUCCUGAGUCUGCCAUUCCAAGCCAUUGAAUGUUACCUUGCUAAUGUCAAACCAGUCGAUGAGACGUGGAGCGAACAGUCCUGUGAUGACUUUGAGGAGCUGAGCUAUUGCGCUCUGUGGAAGGUUGUUAUGGCCAAAACGAUUCGCUACCAACCCUCAGAGCGAGGCCUGAUCCCCUGCCUUCAUAUGAUAGACACUAACGGAGAACAGGAUGUUGACAUAAACGCGGAGAUGGUGAGGCGGGGAUACGCAGCCUGGGACCCGGAACCUCCACGAGUCAGCGCAGGGGGACUGGGGGACCUUAGCCAGGUAUCCAUUGACAACGAGGUCACGGAACGUAUAUAUUGGGCACGAAAGUUGGCAAAGAUACUGAAUGAGGGUGCCACGGGAACCAGCGACGGGUUGAUUCAGCUCCAGAGAUACAGACUUGGAUUGGAAGCAGACUCCAGCCUAAGAGAAUCCCUCCCGAUAUCAAGCCGCUACAUCAGCGAGCGUUCACGAACAAGCGACCUUUUUGCUCCCUGGAAAGACAGUGAAGAUCGGCUUAAUGCUGAACAAAGAAUCUGGAGAGGCGGCUUCGAUGAAAACACCUCGUCUCUGCAACAUGCAGAGACCGUGAGCAUCGGAGCUGAAACAUUUGCAUCAAGUUCUGCCGAAGCCAUGGCAACCUCGACGCUUAAAGAGACAGACUUUAUGUUCAAGAGCUCAAAGAGUGCUGGGAGCUCUACAUAUUUCUCAUCCAAUCAGAAUCAGAGAUUUUUUUCUAAUUUAGUGGAAGACAAUUAUGAAUUGCUUAAUAGUGAUACAAGACAUUCUAGUGACUUUUCCCAGGACGGACAUUCUCAUUUGAGGUCAGAACCACCAGUUGACUCAGGAGUACAGGAGUUAAAUUCUGAUUGGUUAACAGAACGCGGAUCUCUUAUGUCUUCAGAAGUCAUCCUCAGUACAAGUGGAGUUCACAGUCAGAGGAUUUCUGAGUUAGUGAAAACAACCAAGCUGAGAAGCGACGAGUUUCUUCAUUAUUCUGAAUGUAAUACUGUAGAAAAAGCGGCAAGUUCCCUGUCUCCAGAGAAAGAAAACUCACCAGUUAACAUAGAGAUUGUGAAUUCUACUGACCCCAGCCUCAGAAAGUCCGAAGAUAAAUUUUCCGAUGUGGAAAUGGUCGGUAAAAAGCUUUCCGACGAAGAUGACUUUGCCUUGGACAGCAUGAACGAUAGUUACGAAGAGACUGCCAAUGACAUUGGUUACAAAACAGAGGAAGAUUAUUCGUCUGGGUAUACAUCCCCAGGAGUCCUCUCCCCAGGGGAAGAAACACGCCCCCUGGUGAUUGACUCACCUGAGGAAAGGGGAACAACUCCAGAGGAGUUGGCAGUUUGGACUUCCCCUCCAGAAGUGUCUGCUGAUCCCAACACUGCCCGUCCAGAGAUGGACUCAGACAUGGAUCUGAGUGAGUCUAUGGCAGAUGUGAGGCAUUCGUUGGAACAGCAGAAACAAGUGCUAAAGGAACUGUUAGGUUUGGUUUCAGAGGCUGAAAAAGACUCGGCUCCAGAAAGACAUUCUGAAGCAGUUGAAGGUUCUUCCGUGGACUUCCGAGAUGGCGAGAAUUCUGUUCACUUAUCCAAGCAUUCUGUCGGAUACCUGUCAGUGGAAGAACAGCGAGAAGUCCGUAACGAGGUUGAAGACCACCGUGUGGACGAAUCCUCCAUGGUCACGGACAGUAUCUAUGGAUCAGACCGCACAGAAACAAUGCGUUCUGCUUCCUCAACAGACCUUACCACCACAGACACACUGACGUCAGGGUAUGGUGAGGACAGCUACGGACUAGAUCAUUUAGGUCUUCCCUCAGAUCAAGAUGUUUCAAAGUCACAUGAAGGUGACCAGGAAAUGGACUUGAGCUCUUCCAUGGCCAAUGUGAAGCAGUCCAUACAGCAACAGAAGAAUGUCCUACACGAAUUAUUAGGCCUGGUGGCAGAAGCAGAACGUGACGUUGAAGACACAGAACCUGUUCGAGGGAAUAUCACAGGUGAUGAGAACCAAGAAUUUUUUGACCCCCAUGAACCGGACAAGACGUUAAAAAAAUUAAAGAUUCCAGGUAGUAACGAGGAUCGGUCACCGACUGACAGGUCGUCUGAAGAUAGACUGCUUUUGUCUAAAACAGAUGGAGCUUUUUCCACGUCAGACGAUACAAGAGGCUCAGUAACUGAUGAUACUGUCCAAGGAUCACUCACUUGCCACCCAGAUGUUCAUGACCCAAAGAGUCGGGAUACUCAGGGACAAGCAAAACGUGAACAAAUUCUAAGUGAAAAUGAAAGAAAAGAGAUUGUAGAAACCACCCAUAACGUGUGCAUGUGGGAAUCUAGAGAAGAAUGGGGAGAAAUUGAGCAGCGCAAUGUGGUCUCCAUCUCAGGAGAAGUGAGUGAUAUCGAGCGAUCAGUGGACAAUGCAUGUGUAUCAGGCUUCGAAAGAUAUGCUGUGGCAGGAAAGGAAUCAUUUCCAGAGGUUUGUGUUGACCUGGAUGAUAGGGAGAAAAGUUUUGGUGCGGUAGCAAUUCCAGAAAAUCCUGACCAAAGAGCCCCAACUGAUCGUUCAUCUGAAGACAGGCAUCUUGUUGCCAGUGGUGAAGGCGUACCCUCUACAUCCGGUAGUGUGACUGAUUUUGAACGGGAUAUUGAAGAGGGCGAUGCAUUAGUGUACAAUGACAAAGUAGUAGAUACACAAAGGGAAAAUCUAGAGAGCUGUGUGGACAAGGCAUUAUAUCCUGACCAAACGUGGUUUGAUUCUGAGAGUAGAGACCAGAGUUUUGCGAAAGGUGUGCGUGAAUCGAUUGAGCAGCAGAGAAGCACAGUUCAGGAGUUGUUAGACUUAAUGGGUAGAGAGAGUAGUCCCGGAUCUUCAGUGGACCAGAUGGUUGAAGUGAAAGAUAAUGAGAAAUUCUUUGAUCCACAUCAGCCCGACAGAACACUUGAUGACCUUCGGAUCCCAGGUGAUGUGAAGGAUAGAACGGCAAUUGACUUCUUUGCAGAGGACAGACAUCGUUUGGCCAGAGGAGAUGGGGCAUUAGCCAAAGCAGGCCGUCGAGAAAGAUAUACAGGCUCCGAUGUGGACGGAGAUCGUUCAUGGCUGGUAAAGAGUGGUGACGAUGUUGACGACGUGGUUGCCAAUACAGGUGCAAUAGUAGAUACCACAGAUGUUGUGCUUGGGGAUAUCUGGGAAGAAAAAGAGCAAGAGAUCGACAGGCGAGAAGAAAUGUUGGACAACGGAGACGCGGUAUUAGGAGAGAGGCCUGUUCUGUCACCAGUAAACAGCAAACACAGAGACGAGCUUAAAAACUCUGAACCGAGGAAAUUACCUAGUGAGAAUGAGCUAAACACUACACAAAGUGUGGAGGUGAUGGCAAACAGAAUUGCACAAGAUGUGUAUGCCAUCUCAGAGGAUGUGGGCAGUUCAGCGGCAAACAUUCCAGUAUUAGACUCUACGAGUGCCAAAGAACUUCCCACUUCUACAGAAAUUACCUCGGAUGAGACAAAAACGGACACAGUUGACAUUUCUUCUAGAUCAGAGGUGUCCCAGACUUCAGAAACUGACACCAUAAAAGAUUCAGAGAAACAAGGAUAUACCCAAAGCCAAGAGGAAAGCAAGCCCGACACAUCUGUGUGGAAUACACUGUCUGGUUGGUUUAGAUUCAGAGGCACUUCAAAUCAGUCAGCAGAUAAUUCACAGGAAACUCAGGUUGGAAGAGGACCAGAACCCACUGAAAGUGAGUCAACCGAAUUUGAUGAGGAAAAACGCAUCAUGGAGCUUAUUGACGGCUUUGAUGAUUUACAUCUGGUUGAAGAUGUUAAGGAAGGUUCUGUUGAAACGCAGAUCACAGAAGUUUCUCUUGACACCGAGGAGCCAUUGGAGAAGAAAGGGGAUACUGAAGAUGCAAAACAUUUUGACAGUGUGAAAAAGGAAAAUGAUGAAUGCUACGAAGCUACCCAACAGGUCUUGCAACAGGAAACUGAAACAAGUGUGAGAGAUGCACCUGAAGGACUCCAAUCCGGUGAAAGUGUUGCGAGUAAACCGUUAAAUGUGAUAGAUGAUAAGUCUGUGAUAAACGAUGUGAAUGAAGAAGAAGUUGACUCUGACUCUGAAAACGAUAAAUUUGAAGAUACAAGUCGCGAUGAAACGACUACUGAACCGAACCUUUUAUUUGAUGCUCUGCAUAAACCUGAAAUGGAAGUCGAGACAGAAAUCACAGAUAAAGCUUUGUCAUUGCCAAGUGAUCAGAGUUCUGUGACUGUCCAAAAACCCGACGUAGGUAUGACCAUUGAGGAUAAAUCUGAUGUUACGUGUGAGGAACAGAAAUAUUUUGAUGAUCUAUUAACAGAUAAUAAUGCUCCAACAAAAGAUACAGACAUCGGGAUCUCGGCCUUGGAUCAAAAUGAUGUUGGAUUAAGUCCUCCUUUCAUAUCAGAUAGAGAACACAUUGAUGUUAAUGAAGAUAAACAAACAGGAUCUGAUGAUGCUUCUGUUGUUACACCAUCGUUAAGCAAUGAUGUGGAACGGCAAAACUUUGUAUCUGUCGACCACUAUGAACAAUUCUUACCCACUACAACCAGAGAAGAAUUUGUUAAAAAGCCAGAGCAUACCAUUGCUAAAAGUACGGCAGUAGUUGAAGAGGCGGUUGUGCUUGAGGAAGACAUCAGCGAUAUUACAGGAAGUAUAACUGAAGAAGCUAAAGAAAACCUAACUUUGAGCGCUAGUGACCCGGAGAACAUACCCGAUGCAGGAGGCGAAGAUAUACUUGAUAACGAAGGACACAGAGAGAUAAUGACGUCUGAAGAUGUUGACACUUCAGAUACUUUUGUCAGCGACAAAGACAUUUCAAAUGUAAACAACGUUGGGACUGGAAACGAAGAUGUGCCUAACAAAGAGGUUUUGAAUGAUGGUGCGUUCCAAGAUGUAAAGCAGUCUUCGUUAACAGAAGAUAUGGAACCUGGUAGCACUGAAAAAGAGACAUUCCAGGAUUUGAAAGAUUCUCAGUCUUCGCCCACAGACCUUGUGACGCCCAAGUUCUCAGAUGAUACAGAGAAAGUUGGAGUUUUUCCAACGGAGGGGCCUCAAGACAAGACCGUAGGUGGCAUGUCAGCUGAGGAAACAUCAGUUCCUCAAGAAAACAAUGAACAAAGAGGUGAAGUGGAAGCCACUUUACGACAACUAUCUUCACAGAAACAAACCAAUAUUUCAUUUGGCGACGAAAAGAACUUACCUCACGACACAUGCAUAGCUUCAGGAAAUAUUGAAACUGUCCAUACUGAGGGCAUCUCUUCUGAAGAGCAGUCUUCCAACCGUACAUGUAAACCUAGCGACGGACAUGGAGAUGAUUCAUCUGGGUGGGAUGCCCUUCCCAGUUGGCGUGGAGGUUCACAGCAGAAGUCCCAACUACAGGUUUGUGAGACAUCCCAGUUAACUACCUUCGAAGGAACUAACAUAACGUCAGAAGAAUCAGUAGAUGUCUUCCAGGAAGAAAGCUUAUCUGCAGAACAUGAACUUGAUACUGAAAUAACUAGAGACGAUACGAAAUCUGUACCAGAAGAUUCUGUUCAGACAAAUGAAGUUGAAAAAGAAUCCAAAGCCAGCUGGAACUUUUUGCCCAAGUGGAUGAGAUCAGAUCCAAAAGAAACCAAACCAGACAAAAUGCAUAGCACACCCACUCAAGAUUCUGUGGGACAAAUCGAUCCCGCAAAUGCAGGAGAUGGUGAAGUAAGUGAUAAUGUAGCGGACUCAUCAAGGAUUGGAGAAGAAAGUCAAGAUUGCAAAGAAGCUGGCCUGGAAGAUGCUGUUGCGGAAGGUGCAGAUGAGGAAGUGUCUGUAGAGUCUUCACCUGCAUGGAGCUUCUUCCCAAGUUGGAUGAGGAGAUCAAAACCUCUGGAAACCAAACAAAAGGAUAUGCAGAAGACAGCCUUUCCAGAUACAACAGCAUUAAGUGAAACGAUUUGUGUAGAAGAGGAUGCAAACAUUCCUGCAGGCGGUGAACCUGCUUCCAAAUUGUCUUCAGAGAGUGCUGAAACCCGUGAUGUACUGGAAUUUCCUGAUAGCCAAGAAUGGUUAGAUGAAACAUCUGCCAUGGAAGCAGAGAUAUUUACCGAAAAUGAAACCAGAAAUACUACGCCAGCUAGUACAGAAGUUUUACUUACUUCAGUAGAAAUGUCCACGGCUGCAACUGGAAGCGUAAUAGAGCAUGAAAGCUCUAUUGAGAGGGAAGCUAAAGAUGUUUCUCUUCAAGCAGCGGCGCUUGAAAUUCCAGCCGCAAGUCGUGCUGUUAGAGCUCAGACGCCAAGCAUGUUGGAAAUGUUUGACGAGCUUGAGGCUGACCAUGUCGAUGCAGUAGGAAAAUACAAGGACAUUGUUCACAUGACUGCAGAAGAACUAGAGUCUUAUGGUGAAGUUGCUGCUAUAACUGAAAAUGUGGACUUUUUGGACGAAGAUUCCGAGGACCAUUCAAAUGUCAGUGUAUCUGUGACAACUGAUGUACAGCCUGAGGAAGAGGCUGCAUCCACCACGACAGUUGGUGUCUUGGAAGAAAGUGUGGAAACAGAGAAUCUGUCCGAAAACCCUAAUAAGGAAAAUCUCGACUGGCAGCAAGCUUGGAUGUCAGAUGAAUCUCAACAAGAUAGCUGUGCAGCACAGGCUAUCGUGACUGAACAAGAUGCUGUUGGUCACGAAAAACUAGUAACAGAAGAUCAACAGUUCACAGCAAACGAUGCCGCAAACAGCGAAAAUGUUCAUGAUAAAACCAAACCCGAAGUGCAGUUUGAAACAAGCAUGGGUAUUCUUCCAGAUGAAAAGCACACAUCCAGCACUUUGUCUGAAGGAAAAUCAGUUCAGAGUCCAGAAGAAAGAUUGCGAUUAGCACAUAAAGAGAUCUAUGAACAAAUAUUAGGCCAGUCUGAAGUUACAUCACAAGCUUCUUUGUCUGGAGUCGACCUAAUGCAGGAUAACAUAUUGGUGGAACAAGCAGCUUUGUUUAGACUUGAGUCGGAAGCAGGCCACUUCGCGGUUAUGCUGGAAGGGAUGUCUCAAGAAAGACCGACACAAACUUUUCAUCCAGAAGAAACAGCUACAUCGGAAAUUCGGGUUGACGAAGAAGAAAUAUCAGAAAGUCAACAGACACCUGAAAGUAAGUCAGAAGAAGUUAUUGUAUCCGAAGGUCACAUGGAAGAUUCACUUGUAUGUGAAAGAGUGACACCAGAAAAGACGCCUGAUGUGACCGUUCGGGAAAACCCGAUAGAAGUAUUGUCAUCUGAAACAGAUUUGAUGCAGGACACAUUAGAUGAAGACAAGCAGGUUGCUUUUAAAUUGCAGAUAAAGUCAGAAAGCUUUGCUGUGAUUUUGGAAGAUGUUUCAUCAGAUGAUCAGCCCGAAGAAUUGCUCGAAUCUGACAGUCCCCAAGAAAAACUGUCAAUGAAAGUAUUAUCGGAAAAUCAGCAAGAACAAACGCAGAUAGCAGAAAAUGAACGAGAAGAAACGCUGAUUUCAGAAAUUGAGGCAAAUGAUACUGGACCAACAGAAAGUAAGAUGGGAACAAGUGUUUGUGCAUGGUCAGAAACACCAUUACAAGAAAAUCAAACAGAGAUAUUACCAACACCUGAAAGUCAACAAAGUACUAUGGGCCAAUCUGAGGAACCAAGGAUAGCAAGAGGUCAACCAGGAGAAAUAUUCGAAUCAGAAAUCCUCAUGGAAGACUCUCCUGUAUUGGACAGUGCACGAGUUGAAAAAUCUGUUGUGGAAAGCCAUGUUGAAGACGUGUCUGCGUCUAAAAUAGAUUUUAUGCAGGACACCUUAGGCGUAGAUCCGCAAACUCUGUUAAGGUUACAGACGCCAUCAGAAGGUGUUGAUGUGAAACAAGUUUUCUCAUCGGAAGAUGUACCAGAUAAUUUGCCAGGAUCGGUCAGGCCUCUGGAAGAAACAGAAUAUCCUGAAAACAAAACAGCAAUAUCAGAGAGUCAGUCAGUGGAGACGGGAGAAUUAGAAACUGGAGAAGUGAAGGUACUAGAUCAUAAAUCACAUGAAAUAUCAGAAAGUAGGGUAAAUCAGAUGGAAGAUAAAGAAACAGAAGAAACUCCACCAGAAGUAACUCUGAUAUCAGAUAGUAGGGUAAAUCAGAUGGAAGAUAAAGAAACAGAAGAAACUCCACCAGAAGUAACUCUGAUAUCAGAAAGUAGGGUAAAUCAGAUGGAAGAUAAAGAAACAGAAGAAACUCCACCAGAAGUAACUCUGAUAUCAGAAAGUAGGGUAAAUCAGAUGGAAGAUAAAGAAACAGAAGAAACUCCACCAGAAGUAACUCUGAUAUCAGAAAGUAGGGUAAAUCAGAUGGAAGAUAAAGAAACAGAAGAAACUCCACCAGAAGUAACUCUGAUAUCAGAAAGUAGGGUAAAUCAGAUGGAAGAUAAAGAAACAGAAGAAACUCCACCAGAAGUAACUCUGAUAUCAGAUAGUAGGGUAAAUCAGAUGGAGGAUAAAGAAACAGAAGAAACUCCACCAGAAUUAACUCUGAUAUCAGAAAGUAGGGUAAAUCAGAUGGAAGAUAAAGAAACAGAAGAAACUCCACCAGAAGUAACUCUGAUAUCAGAAAGUAGGGUAAAUCAGAUGGAAGAUAAAGAAACAGAAGAAACUCCACCAGAAUUAACUCUGAUAUCAGAAAGUAGGGUAAAUCAGAUGGAAGAUAAAGAAACAGAAGAAACUCCACCAGAAGUAACUCUGAUAUCAGAAAGUAGGGUAAAUCAGAUGGAAGAUAAAGAAACAGAAGAAACUCCACCAGAAGUAACUCUGAUAUCAGAUAGUAGGGUAAAUCAGAUGGAAGAUAAAGAAACAGAAGAAACUCCACCAGAAGUAACUCUGAUAUCAGAAAGUAGGGUAAAUCAGAUGGAAGAUAAAGAAACAGAAGAAACUCCACCAGAAGUAACUCUGAUAUCAGAUAGUAGGGUAAAUCAGAUGGAAGAUAAAGAAACAGAAGAAACUCCACCAGAAGUAACUCUGAUAUCAGAUAGUAAGCCAGAACAAGUCCUUGUAUCAGACACCGAUUCUCUUUUAUUAAAAGGUGUGACAGAAGGAAAACCAUCAGACACGACGGUUGUUCAAAAUGAGGCCAAAGAAGUAUUACCUGAAAGGGAUUUGGUUCAGGACACCUUAGGUGAAGAACAGCAUGUUGUUUUUAGAUUACAAACCCAAGCAGAACGUUUUGCUGUGAUGUUGGAAGAUGUUGCAGUAGAAAGUCAACCAGAAGAAACUGUGGAAUCAGAAAGACUAUUAAACGAAACAUCAAUAUCUGAAAUUAUGCUGGAGGAUGUCCACGAAUCAGAAACCUGGACAUCUGAAAAGCAACCAAAAGAAGCACUACUACCAGAAAGUCAGUCAGCACAUACACAGCCAACAGAACACAGAACAGAAGAAACGUUUGUGGGAAGUCAGGUAAAUGAUACUGGCGAAACAGAAAGAGACAAACAAGACAGUCAUCCGGAAGUAGCAUUGUUAGCAGAUAGCAGGGCAAAAGAAGCUCUCGUAUCAGAGCUUGAGCGUCAAGUAGAGAAUGUGAUAAAAGAUAUGCCAUCAGACAUAACAGGUACGGAAAGCCAGGCAGAAGUGUUAUCUGCAACAGAUUUGGUAGAGGACACGUUCUGUGAGGACCAGCAUUCUGUAUUCAGAUUGCAGACACAGGCAGAUGGCCAUGCUGUCACGCUGGAAGAUUUUUCAUCAGCGUAUCAGCCAGAGGAUUUAACGGUCUGUGAUAGUCUUCAAGAAAAAACUGUGAUAUCAGAAAGUCAGUCUGAACCGAAAGAUGUAUCAGAAUAUGAACCAGAAGUAUCAUUGAUAUCAGAAAACCGGUUAAAUGAGGCUGAAAAACCAGAAAGUCAAACAGCAUUAUUGCCAUUAGAAGUGGAACUGGAAGGAGUCCUGACAAAUGAGCGUGGAGAAAACGAAAGGUGUGACAUUCAGCAGCAUGAAACACAAUCUUCAGUAUUCUUGUCAGAAGAAGCUCAAGUAUCGAAAGAAAAUAUGGAAGAUUCACUUGUAAUUAAAAGUGAGACACCAGGAAAAACAUGUAACAUGGCAGGAAGCCUAGUGGACCAUGUGUUAUGUGAAACAGAUUUGGUACAGGACACAUUAGGAGACGAUCAAAAGACUGUUUUUAGAUUGAAGACACAAGCAGAAGGCAUUGCAGUGAUGUUAGAUGCUCCUUGUGCAGAAGAGGAUUUGUCAGAAAAUCAAACAGUUGAAAUACUGGCAUCUGGUUAUCUUCAAGAAAAUACCAAGACCUCACAAAGUCCAUCUGAAGAAUUAUCAAUUAGAGAAAGUGAGCCAGGAGAGAGCGAGGAAUUCGAAAGUGAGCGAGCAGAAACAGUGAUUCCAGAAACACAAACAGGUGCGAGUAACACAUCAGAAAUCCCAGAAGCACUGGCAACAGUCGUCCAACAAAAAGAAACCUUGAUAACAGAUAUCCAGGAAGUGAAAACAUGGGACAAGCAGCCAGAAGAAAUACUUAUUUCAGAUGUCAGAUUAGAAGACCCUUUGAUAGAACAUAUUCUUAAAGAAGAAUCUGAAAACCAACCUAAAGAAACAACAUUCGUAGGCCAGUCUGAAAUAGCACAAACUCCAGAAAAUCAAGAAGGUACCCUAGAAAGCCUAUCGGAGGAAACCUGUACAUCAAAGAAUCAGUCAGAUGUGCUCGUAUCGAGAAAUCUGACGGAAGAUUCACUUUUGACAGAAAGUGUACCAGAUGAAAACACUUCGGAAACCAGUGAUAUUCAAAGCCAGUUGGAAGAAGUUUGUGGAUCUGAAACCGAUUUGAUACUGGACACCUUAGGUGAAGACCAGCGGGCUGUUUUUAAGUUACAGACACAGGUGGAAAGCUUUGCUGUGAUGGUUGAUGCUUCCCCUCUGGAACAUGUUUUAUUAUCAGAAAAGCAAGCAGAAGAAUCUCGGCCAUUAGAAAAUGAACAAGGGGAUACAGUAUUAAUGUCACAGAGUCAGGCAGCAGAAAUACUGAUAUUAGAAAGUCAGACUAGUGAGAGUGGAGCAGCGGAGUAUCUGACAGAAGAAACAGCAUUUGACAGGCAACUGGAAGAAGCUCUGAUUAGAAAGAAACAACAAGAAGAAAUGUACAUCAGUACUGAAGAAGAAACUGUCAUAUCAUAUUGUCUCCCGGAGUUGUCGGAAAGUCUACAAAAAGAGACACAUUUGUCGGAAAGCCAGUCAGAUGAAAUAUCGGUAUGUGAAACUAAUUUGCUUCAAGAUGAGUCAUUUGAAUCCCAGCAUGAAAUCUUCAGGCUUCAGUCACAAGCUUCAAGUAUUCCAGUGAUGAUAAGUCAGCCUUCACAAGCGAGAAGUUUCAUACACCGUGAACAAACGGAAGAAAACUUUAAGUCAGAACCAGUCGUGAUGUCAAAAAGUGAACAAACAGUUACUGGUCAGGAGCGGAGAGACGAGAGCACCAUGGAAGACAUUUUUCAACCUAAUGGAGAUGACCAAACAAGGGUUGAUACUGUCAGCAAAGUCAUAGCUGUUUCUGAUCUUCAAAAUUUAUCGGAGACUGCAGUCACACACCACGAAGAUGUUUUGAUUGGUAAUGCAACUAUUUUCUCAGCCUUUGAUGAGCUUGAAGAGGAUCACACCCAAAUGCUGGACAACAGCAGAGCAGUGACUGCAGAUAGCGAAUACCCAGAAAUUCCAGUUGUAGGUUCUUCGUAUCUAAGACCAUCACUUAGCUCUGACAAUUCAGCUUCUGCUUUGGAUGGUGAAUCCAACAGUUGGGAAGAUCUUGUUGAUAAUGAAUCUGACGUUGAAGUAGGAAUUGAUGCUGUUGCAUUUGAAAAUGAUGAGAGUAUGGAUUCAACCAUUCCAGGCAAAGAGGAUAAAAGACCACUUGAGGAACAAAUUGCAGAAGUCGACUGCGCUGUAAUCGGAGAAAUCGAAGAUUCAAAACCAGCUUUUGUCACAUUGGAAGAAAAUGCCAGAAGAAACCUUGAAGAUCAAGUUGAUGAGAUCGAUAAGCUUUUGGAUAAUGAAAUUUUCAUCAAUCAGAGUUUGCAUUCUCCUUCCUUGACAGAAGACAUCAGUAAUGGCUUAGUUUUCCAGACUGAGUCAGAUUCUUCUGUAUUAGCAGCAACAAGUGCAGUGACAGAGAUUGGUAACAAUAUUCCGUCAACCGUUUCUGAAGCUUGUAUUCAGGAUGAUUCAUGGAACCAAGACAAAUCAGAACUAAAUUCGGGACAAUCAGGCAGUAUUACCACUCAUGAAUUUGAGCCACAAGCACCUGCUGAGACACAGGCUUCGUCUAUCAACGGGAUUUUUGAUUCAGAACCUGUAGAUGUUGAUCAGGAAGUGGAAGUGGAGUUGAAAGCCAGUGAUAAACUUGAGGCAGAAGCACCUGCUGAGACACAGGCAUCGUCGAUCAAAGAGACUUUGGAUUCACAACCUGUAGAUGUUGAUCAGGAAGUGGAAAUGGAGUUGAAAGCCAGUGAUAAACUUGAGGCACAAGUACCUGCUGAAACAAAGGCAUCGUUGAUCAAAGAGACUUUUGAUUUAGAACCUGUAGAUGUUGAUCAGGAAGUGGAAAUGGAGUUGAAAGCCAGUGAUAAACUUGACGCACAAGUACCUGCUGAAACAAAGGCAUCGUUGAUCAAAGAGACUUUUGAUUCAGAACCUGUAGACGUUCAUCAGGAAGUGGAAAUGGAGUUGAAAGCCAGUGAUAAACUUGAGGCACAAGCACCUGCUGAAACAAAGGCACCGUUGAUCAAAGAGACUUUUGAUUUAGAACCUGUAGAUGUUGAACAGGAAGUGGAAAUGGAGUUGAAAGCCAGUGAUAAACUUGAGCCACAAGUACCUGCUGAAACAAAGGCAUCGUUGAUCAAAGAGACUUUUGAUUCAGAACCUGUAGAUGUUGAACAGGAAGUGGAAAUGGAGUUGAAAGCCAGUGAUAAACUUGAGGCACAAGCACCUGCUGAAACACCGGCAUCGUCGAUCAAAGAGACUUUGGAUUCAGAACCUGUAGAUGUUGAACAGGAAGUGGAAAUGGAGUUGAAAGCCAGUGAUGACUGCUCUGAGCCAUCUAGAUCGUUAAUCCCAGGAACCCCGCUGACUCAGGAGCAGUCUCAGCUAGUUGAUGACCUUUGCUCUGUAUACUACCAAAGAGAAAUGGCUUUAAGGUCACCUGUUCUUGGUGAGCCUGUGGCAGUUUCUAGUGCAAAUGUCGCUGAAAUGAUGGCUGCCAAUGAAAGUAUUAACAAACAAUAUAUGAACACGGAUGAGUUAGCGAAGACCUCUCCAGAUGAAGUGUCACAAAAUGAAAAACACGUUUUAGAUGAACACCUGGCUAUUCUAGGGAAUGAAACUGCAGGAGUAACAGAAAGUGGCGCCGAUGUUGAUAAUUCGGUUACAACUCGUCACGAAAGCCCAACAGUAGAAGAGGCAAGUCCUGACAACUCUCCUGCUGUUUCAAGAGCUGACGUCGCAGAAAUGAUUGCAGUCAAUGAGAAAAUCACUGAGCAGUACAAGAACAGGUGUGAAAUGCCCAACAUACCUGGUGGUAAUGGUAACGAAACAUCUGAAGAAGAGUUAGAAAGCUUGGAAUCUACCGAGCAAAGCUAUGCGGCCACCAGGGAAGCUAUGGAAUCCAUUGAAGGUGGAAUGAGGACAGAGUAUUUUACAUACUCUGAAGAAAGUGCGACUAAAGAGUUAGUCACUAGUAUAGGUGACCAGACUGUGAACACAUCGGAAACCAGAGACAAAUAUAGGCCAGAUACAUCACAUGUUUCACCCUUUGGAACCAGCAGAAGGAAAAUUGACAAAGAAAGUUUUGAUUAUUCAAGUGAAGAAGACUAUCAGUCUGCUGAAGAAGUAGAUCAGGGACCUCAGAUUCCCAUCAUUACACUGACAUCAACAGAUCAGUUCUCCCCAACAGAAGACUCCAAAGAACUUUUCUUCGUCGAAACUGAAGAAGGAAUGACAGACGACGUCCAGGAGUCCAACAACUUGGAUGAUAUCUCAAGUUUGGAUGCUCUUGGAGGAGAUUUAGGUGAUAUGUAUGUUUCCGAUAACUUGUCCCAAUGCUCUGAACACUCUGUGAGAUACUUCGAGCUAGACGAGGCUACCGCAGAGGCACCGUUUGAACCAAGGUCACCAAUCGAAGGAAACAUUAGACCUGCUGGUGGGUACUACGGAAGCCACAGCGAUGGGUUUGACUUUGUAGCUCCUGUCCGAGGGCGAGAAACAGAAUGGAAAACUGACAUCAGCGCUGACAAAGAAGUAAAGGAAAGUCUAACACUUAGUGUCACGGAUGGGUAUUCUUCUGAUAGCAUGUCCGUUGAAAGCCUGGAAGCAAGCUUUGACGAGGACGAUAUGCUGCCUGUUGAGAUAACAAAAACAAACCACAUCCCCCCGACAGCAUUACCAGGACUAGAAGACAGAUUCAUGGGAAUUGUGGAGGAAGAAUCUGCUUUACAUGUCACAGAAGUCAAAAGUCUUGACCACGUAGAAAACCUGCAAACUAAUCAGGUUAUGGCUGUUUUGGAAGCUCAGCAAUCACUCCCCGUUGAACUUGUCUCUGAAGAAGUGGAGAUGGUGUGUCCUGGGAGUACGGAUACGAAGGAUGCAACUGAAACUUUUGUGGACGAAGACGUUGAACCAGAAGAUGCACCAAAGAUCAAGGAGAUCACGGAGAAGAGUCUUGUGUCUGAACCUUUGGAGUAUGUUGAACAUGCCAUUAAAAAGCAGGACUCGUGCGUGGCAUCUUUAACCAUGCAGGAAGUCCAACAAACGGUUUCUGGAGCACAUUCUGGGUUAACAGAAGAAAUGGAGAUACAUGAUACGAGUGAAGAGAUUGGAGUAUCCCAGAAACCAGUCGAGGACUUUGAUGAUGAACCAGCAAAUGAAGAAUUUAGGCCAAUGGAGACAGAAGACAAAGUUGCCAUUGAAGUUAGACAGGAUCCGCCAUUUAACACAGACACAUCAAAACAAGACCUAUCAUUAGGCCAAAUUACACUUGAUGAAACAGGUCUAGUCGUAACUGAGAGCCAAGAAUGUAUAGAUGGUAUGGAGAAUUCUGCACCUAAAGAUGAGAGCAUGUUUAGAGACAAAGAAGCUUUCAUGCCUGUAGAUUACGACUCUGCAGAAUCUGGAAAUCAAGAUGAGUAUGAGUUGAGUAGUCCAAUGGGCGAAAAUUGCGAAAUUCAACCCGACGAUGAACAUGUGUGUGAAAAGGAGCAAGACGAACACUUCAUGAUUGGGAUACCAGUACCAGAGGAAGAGGACAAACCCCAGAAAACAGAGGAAGAACUUGUAACUGAAAAGUUAGUUCUGGGGGAAGAAGUUGCAACUGAUGCAACACCAGAAGAAAGAACUAAAUACCUAGAGCAAGAACAAGUAAACACAACUGAUAAAUCAGAACAGGAAAAAGUCAAAACGGAGGAGCUAGUAGCCAUGGAUGAAGUGAUGUCCAAAAACACACUUGAACCUGAAGAAGAGAAAGGUGAGACCACAAAGAAGUUGGGCCAAGGUGUGACACGAGAGGAGUCAAAGCAAGACACAGAUUUCACAAUUGAGAAACUAAAUCAUGAUAUCACAGUAGAGACAACAAAACAAGACUUUGAUGACACCACUCAAAAUUAUCACCUAGACGUGACUGUUGAGGAAUCACUAAAACAUGAAGAAUAUACGAUUGAGACACCAGAACAACCUGGAGAUGUGAGAACUGGAGAACAACAAACAGGGGAAGCUGAUAAAACUGAGACUUUAGGAGAUGUUGACGUUGUAAGAACUGAAGAACUUGAAUAUGUGUCAACCGAUAAAGCAGGAGAUAACGUUCUAACUGCUGAAGAACAAGCAGUCGCUACUAAGAAACCAGAACAAGAUGUAGAAACUGCAAUCAGAACGGAAAAGCCAGAAAAAGAUGUAGCAGUUGAAAGAGCAGGACAAGAAGUCGCAUGGUUAGAACCAGAUGCUUAUGUCAUAACUGAGAUCCCAGUCCAAGAAAGAGAUAUAUAUAUCACAGCAGAGAAACCAGUAAGUGAUGAAAUAUCAUUAGAAAAACCUGUGCUCGACGAAGACAUCAGAGCAGAGAAACCAGUGCAGGAUAAGAUCGCAGCAGAAAAACCUGUUCUCGACGAAGACAUCACAGCAGAGACACCUGUACAAGAACAGAUCACAGCAGAGGAAGCAGUACUGGGUGAAGAGUUGACAACAGACAAACCAGUUCAAUCUGAAGAGAUCUUAGCAGAGAAACCUGAACUAGACGAAACCAUCUCAGCAGAAAAACCAGUACAAGUGGAAGAUAUCACAGCAGAGAAACAAGUACAAGAUGAAGAGAUCACAGCAGAGGAAGCAGUACUGGAUGAAGAGAUCACAGCAGAGAAACCAGUACUGGAUGAAGAUGUCCAAGCAGAGAAACUAGUACUAGAUGAAGAGAUCACAGCAGAGGAAGCAAUACUGGAUGAAGAGAUGACAACAGAGAAACCAGUUCAAUAUGAAGAGAUCUUAGCAGAGAAACCUGAACUAGACGAAACCAUUUCAGCAGAAAAACCAGUACAAGAGGAAGAGAUCACAGCAGAGGAAGCAGUACAAGAUGAAGAUAUCACAGCAGAGAAACCAGUACAAGAUGAAGAUAUCACAGCAGAGAAACCAGUACUGGAUGAAGAGAUCACAGCAGAGAAACCAGUUCAAUAUGAAGAAAUCUUAGCAGAGAAACCUGAACUAGACGAAACCAUUUCAGCAGAAAAACCAGUACAAGUGGAAGAUAUCACAGCAGAGAAACAAGUACAAGAUGAAGAGAUCACAGCAGAGGAAGCAGUACUGGAUGAAGAGAUCACAGCAGAGAAACCAGUACUGGAUGAAGAUGUCCAAGCAGAGAAACUAGUACUAGAUGAAGAGAUCACAGCAGAGAAACCAGUACUGGAUGAAGAGAUCACAGCAGAGGAAGCUGUACAAGAUGAAGAUAUCACAGCAGAGGAAGCAGUACUAGAUGAAGAUAUCACAGCAGAGAAACCAGUACUGGAUGAAGAGAUCACAACAGAGAAACCAGUACUGGAUGAAGAUGUCCAAGCAGAGAAACUAGUACUAGAUGAAGAGAUCACAGCAGAGAAACAAGUACAAGAUGAAGAGAUCACAGCAGAGAAACAAGUACAAGAUGAAGAGAUCACAGCAGAGGAAGCAGUACUGGAUGAAGAGAUCACAGCAGAGAAACCAGUACUGGAUGAAGAUGUCCAAGCAGAGAAACUAGUACUAGAUGAAGAGAUCACAGCAGAGAAACCAGUACUGGAUGAAGAGAUCACAGCAGAGGAAGCUGUACAAGAUGAAGAUAUCACAGCAGAGGAAGCAGUACUAGAUGAAGAUAUCACAGCAGAGAAACCAGUACUGGAUGAAGAGAUCACAACAGACAAACCAGUUCAAUAUGAAGAGAUCACAGCAGAGGAAGCAGUACAAGAUGAAGAUAUCACAGCAGAGGAAGCAGAAGCAGUACUAGAUGAAGAUAUCACAGCAGAGAAACCAGUACUGGAUGAAGAGAUCACAACAGACAAACCAGUUCAAUAUGAAGAGAUCACAGCAGAGGAAGCAGUACAAGAUGAAGAUAUCACAGCAGAGAAACCAGUACAAGAGGAAGAUAUCACAGCAGAGAAACCAGUACUGGAUGAAGAUAUCACAGCAGAGAAACCAGUUCAAGAUGAAGAGAUCACAGCAGAGGAAGCAGUACUGGUUGAAGAUAUCACAGCAGAGAAACCAGUACUGGAUGAAGAGAUCACAGCAGAGAAACCAGUUCAAUAUGAAGAGAUCUUAGCAGAGAAACCUGAACGAGACGAAACCAUUUCAGCAGAAAAACCAGUACAAGAGGAAGAGAUCACAGCAGAGGAAGCAGUACAAGAUGAAGAUAUCACAGCAGAGAAACCAGUACAAGAUGAAGAUAUCACAGCAGAGAAACCAGUACUGGAUGAAGAGAUCACAGCAGAGAAACCAGUUCAAUAUGAAGAGAUCUUAGCAGAGAAACCUGAACUAGACGAAACCAUUUCAGCAGAAAAACCAGUACAAGAGGAAGAUAUCACAGCAGAGAAACCAGUACAAGAGGAAGAUAUCACAGCAGAGAAACCAGUACUGGAUGAAGAUAUCACAGCAGAGAAACCAGUUCAAUAUGAAGAGAUCACAGCAGAGGAAGCAGUACUGGUUGAAGAUAUCACAGCAGAGAAACCAGUACUGGAUGAAGAGAUCACAGCAGAGGAAGCAGUACAAGAUGAAGAUAUCACAGCAGAGGAAGCAGUACUAGAUGAAGAUAUCACAGCAGAGAAACCAGUACUGGAUGAAGAGAUCACAACAGACAAACCAGUUCAAUAUGAAGAGAUCACAGCAGAGGAAGCAGUACAAGAUGAAGAUAUCACAGCAGAGGAAGCAGUACUAGAUGAAGAUAUCACAGCAGAGAAACCAAUACUGGAUGAAGAGAUCACAGCAGAGGAAGGAAUACUGGAUGAAGAGAUCACAGCAGAGAAACCAGUUCAAUAUGAAGAGAUCUUAGCAGAGAAACCUGAACUAGACGAAACCAUUUCAGCAGAAAAACCAGUACAAGAUGAAGAUAUCACAGCAGAGAAACCAGUACAAGAGGAAGAUAUCACAGCAGAGAAACCAGAAGCAGUACUGGAUGAAGAUAUCACAGCAGAGAAACCAGUACUGGAUGAAGAGAUCACAGCAGAGGAAGCAGAACGAGAUGAAGAUAUCACAGCAGAGGAAGCAGUACUAGAUGAAGAUAUCACAGCAGAGAAACCAGUACUGGAUGAAGAGAUCACAGCAGAGAAACCAGUUCAAUAUGAAGAGAUCUUAGCAGAGAAACCUGAACUAGACGAAACCAUUUCAGCAGAAAAACCAGUACAAGAGGAAGAUAUCACAGCAGAGAAACCAGUACAAGAGGAAGAUAUCACAGCAGAGAAACCAGUACUGGAUGAAGAUAUCACAGCAGAGAAACCAGUUCAAUAUGAAGAGAUCACAGCAGAGGAAGCAGUACUGGUUGAAGAUAUCACAGCAGAGAAACCAGUACUGGAUGAAGAGAUCACAGCAGAGGAAGCAGUACAAGAUGAAGAUAUCACAGCAGAGGAAGCAGUACUAGAUGAAGAUAUCACAGCAGAGAAACCAGUACUGGAUGAAGAGAUCACAACAGACAAACCAGUUCAAUAUGAAGAGAUCACAGCAGAGGAAGCAGUACAAGAUGAAGAUAUCACAGCAGAGGAAGCAGUACUAGAUGAAGAUAUCACAGCAGAGAAACCAAUACUGGAUGAAGAGAUCACAGCAGAGGAAGGAAUACUGGAUGAAGAGAUCACAGCAGAGAAACCAGUUCAAUAUGAAGAGAUCUUAGCAGAGAAACCUGAACUAGACGAAACCAUUUCAGCAGAAAAACCAGUACAAGAUGAAGAUAUCACAGCAGAGAAACCAGUACAAGAGGAAGAUAUCACAGCAGAGAAACCAGAAGCAGUACUGGAUGAAGAUAUCACAGCAGAGAAACCAGUACUGGAUGAAGAGAUCACAGCAGAGGAAGCAGAACGAGAUGAAGAUAUCACAGCAGAGGAAGCAGUACUAGAUGAAGAUAUCACAGCAGAGAAACCAGUACUGGAUGAAGAGAUCACAACAGACAAACCAGUUCAAUAUGAAGAGAUUUUAGCAGAGAAACGUGAACUAGACGAAACCAUCUCAGCAGAAAAACCAGUACAAGAGGAAGAUAUCACAGCAGAGAAACCAGUACAAGAUGAAGAUAUCACAGCAGAGGAAGCAGUACUAGAUGAAGAUAUCACAGUAGAGGAAGCAGUACUAGAUGAAGAGAUCACAGCAGAGAGACCAGAGAUCACAGCAGAGGAAGCAGUACUGGUUGAAGAGAUGACAACUGAGAAAGCAGUACUGGAUGGAGAGAUCACAGCAGAGAAACCAGUACAGGAUGAAGAUGUCCAAACAGAGAAACCAGUGCUAGAUGAAGAGAUCACAGCAGAGGAAGCAAUACUGGAUGAAGAGAUGACAACAGAGAAACCAGUUCAAUAUGAAGAGAUCUUAGCAGAGAAACCUGAACUAGACGAAACCAUUUCAGCAGAAAAACCACUACAAGAGGAAGAGAUCACAGCAGAGGAAGCAGUACUAGAUGAAGAUAUCACAGCAGAGAAACCAGUACUGGAUGAAGAGAUCACAGCAGAGAAACCAGUUCAAUAUGAAGAGAUCAUAGCAGGGGAAGCAGUACAAGAUGAAGAUAUCACAGCAGAGGAAGCAGUACUAGAUGAAGAUAUCACAGCAGAGAAACCAAUACUGGAUGAAGAGAUCACAGCAGAGAAACCAGUUCAAUAUGAAGAGAUCACAGCAGAGGAAGCAGUACAAGAUGAAGAUAUCACAGCAGAGGAAGCAGUACUAGAUGAAGAGAUCACAGCAGAGAGACCAGAGAUCACAGCAGAGGAAGCAGUACUGGAUGAAGAGAUCACAGCAGAGAAACCAGUACUGGAUGAAGAGAUCACAGCAGAGAAACUAGUUCAAUAUGAAGAGAUCACAGCAGAGGAAGCAGUACUAGAUGAAGAGAUCUCAGCAGACAAAGCAGUACAAGAUGAAGAUAUCACAGCACAGAAACCAGUACUGGAUGAAGAUGUCAAAGCAGAGAAACCAGUACAAUAUGAAGACAUUUCAGCACAGAAACCAGUACAAGAUGAAGAAAUUACAGAAGAGGAAACAGUACUAGAUGAAAAGAUCUCAGCAGAGAAACCAGUACUGCAUGAAGAGAUCACAGCAGAGGAAGCAAUACUGGAUGAAGAGAUCACAACAGAGAAAGCAGUACUGGAUGUAGAUGUUCAGAAAGAGAAACCAGUGCAAGAGGAAGAUUUUUCAGCAGAGAAACAGGUACAAGAUGAAGAGAUAAAAACAGAGGAAGCAAUACUGGAUGAAGAGAUCUCAGCAGAGAAGCCAGAACAAGACGAAGACAUCACAGCAGAGGAAGCAGUACUGGAUGAAGAGAUCACAACAGAGGAACGAGUCCAAGAAGACGAUAUCACAGCAGAGACACCAGUACAGGAUAAGGAUGUCCCAGGUGAGAAGCCAGAACAAGACGAAGACAUCACAGCAGAAAAACCAGUACAGGAUGAAGAAAUCACAGCAGAGAAACCAGUCUUACAUGAAGAAGUCACAGCAGAGAAACCAGAACAAGAAGACAUCACAGCAGAGAAAUCAGAACAAGACGAGAUCACAAUAGAGAAACCAGUACCAGAUGAAGAUAUCGAUGUAGAAAAACCAGAAAGAGACGGAGAUGUAACAACUGAUGAGCAACAAGAUGAAAAUGUAAGAAGUGGAACACCUGAAAAAGACGUAACAACAGAUGAGCAGACAGAAAAAGAUGUUGCUGAAGAUGUCAAAACUGAGGAAUUAAAAGAUUUCAUACAAGCACAAGGAACAUUUGAAGAAGUUACAAGCAUGGAAAUGGUUUUAGAGAAAAAGCCUGAGGCACAAGAAACAGACAAUGCAUAUGUCGCCCGUGCAGCUGAUGUAUGCACCAGAGAACAAGUAGAAACACGUAUCAGUCAGGCAUCAACCGAAGAAGAAAGAGUGGAAAUGCCAGUGAUGUCAACAGAUACAGACGGAAGAGGAAUAUUGGAGGAGGAGGAACCUUUCAUGCCGAUGGACUAUGAUACAGCUGAGUCAUGGAGUGAGGACGAGUUGGAAGUCACAGACGGAACUGAGUCAUCAAACUUUAUAGAUAUUGCAACAUCAUUUGAUAUGGGUACAGUUAAAGAUGACACAGGCGUUGAGCACAUAGAUGCAACAAAAAUUGCAGGUGAGACUGAUGACACUGAAACUUCACCAAAUGCUGAUACAUUGGAAUCAGCUUUGCCUAAAGUGACUGAUGGAAAAGUACAUAUAGAAACAACUGCGGAUACACACGAUGAUGACACUGCCGAAGGUGUGGUUGCUGAAACACACGAUGACACUGCCGCAGGUGAGGUUGCUGAAACACACGAUGACUCUGCCGCAGGUGAGGUUGCUGAAACACACGAUGACACUGCCGCAGGUGAGGUUGCUGAAACACACGAUGACACUGCCGCAGGUGAGGUUGCUGAAACACACGAUGACACUGCCGCAGGUGAGGUUGCUGAAACACACGAUGACACUGCCGCAGGUGAGGUUGCUGAAACACACGAUGACACUGCCGCAGGUGAGGUUGCUGAAACACACGAUGACACUGCCGCAGGUGAGGUUGCUAAAACACACGAUGAUACUGCCGCAGGUGAGGUUGCUGAAACACACGAUGACACUGCCGCAGGUGAGGUUGCUGGAACACACGAUGACACUGCCGCAGGUGAGGUUGCUAAAACACACGAUGAUACUGCUGCAGGUGAGGUUGCUGAAACACACGAUGACACUGCCGCAGGUGAGGUUGCUGGAACACACAAUGACACUGCCGCAGGUGAGGUUGCACAAGCCUCUGAGGAUGUUGAAGAAGCCUUACCAUCUGAAUACAGACCAAGAGCAGGAUCGCUCAUUGAAGAAGUAUCUGCUGAUACAGCCUUUGCAGUUAGGGACAAACUCGAUGUGUAUCAGUCAACAUCAGAAGAAAUUGUGCCAUCCCAAGAGGUAAUACAGGGGACAGCUUUGGAAUCAGAAAUCAGUUUCAUCUCGAAAUCUGCUGAAGCUUGUGAACAGUUGGAACUGACAGAAGGAACGUAUACAGAAUUUACCACACAACCUAUUCAGCAGGACAUGAGCUGUAAGCCCUUUGAUUAUGACGCAGGAGGUUCUACAAGGCAGUGUGAAUAUGAGAUACCAAAGAAGAUUAAAGAUAUAGCUGAAUCUCCGCUGAUUGAGGUUACCAGUGCUACUAGAUCCGCUGAAAUUGAAGAGCCUUUUAUGCCAGUUGACUAUGACACAGCCCAGUCAGGAAGUGAAGAUGAGUAUAACUUCACCGAGGACAAAGAUUCAGCAGAAGGUGCUUGCGGAGGUAGAGAUGUUAUUUUUAUGCCACGAGACUACGACACGGCAAACUCAGCAAACGAGGAUGAAGUGGAUCUGUGGGAAGGUAUUGACUACACUGUUGCUGAAAUGAAACGCACAGUGGAAGAGCUGAGCACUUCUGGAAGUGAAGAUGAAUAUGAUUUGGUGAGUGCCGCAGAGAGAUUCAAACAGGAAACUGCACCUCCAGAAAAGUACACAGUCUAUGUUUAUGGUAUGACGACUGAUCAGUCAGAUGCAUUUGAAAGCCAGUUUGAAGAAGACUUAGGUGACACUGCCAGGCAGAAUGUAGAAGAAGUGACAAACAGAUUCCCAAUAGAAGAAGACUCAAGCUCCACGUAUGACAAUGUUAUUGAAGAUGUCCCAGAAGAAAAUCUGUUUGAGGAAACUUGUCAAAGAACAGCAGAGACUACUGAAUCGGAUUGGAUUGAUGCAGUAACAAUUCCUGUGCCCCAGCUCCCACCCAGAGAACAAGAAGAAAAAUCUUUAGUUGUAGAGGAUGAGAGAGAAAUUCUGCACCUCCUGGAAAGUGUUGUCAGUGCUGUGGUCGGUGCUAAGGCUGCAGUCACUGGAAUGCUUGGUUCAGAAACUGAUGAGACCCAUGAUGCUGAUACGGAAGAGGAAUUGAGGCUUACUUUGGCUGAAGCCGAGAGCACACAGAAACAUGUUGAAAAGCUUAUCAGCGAUGUAAAAACCAGCCUCAUGCAAUCUCAAGAGCAGGCUAGUAAAUUUGACCUGGGGAAGGGAAAAGAAAGCAGCAUGGAGGUUCUCUCUGGAUGCGACUCGCACACCACAUCAAGUGUAAGCGUGACAGAAGAACAAAAUGUUACAUUCGUCGAAGGCAACGUUCAUUUGGAUACUGAAACGCUUACUGGGGCAACAUCUAGCGACUUCGGAGCAAUUACAACAGGGGAUGACACUACAUCCACAAGUAAGAAGUUUGACGAGAGAUGGCGUGGUGGAAUUGAACAUAUUGAUGUUGACGUUGUUGACUCGGAAACAAGAGAUAAUUCCAAACUGACAGAAGAACCCAGUUGUAAAGCUGGUGACUACUGAGGAUCGUCAAAUGCAAGAGGAUGGCAGAAUUUCAGAAACAGAUAAUGAAGAAUUCUUCAUGGGAUCGUCUUUGGAAUACAUAGGUAUCAACCCAACUAUUACGCAGACAACUAGUAUAACUGUGGAAGUUCUAGAAGCAGCACAGGUCAAGGAAAUUUUUCAGCCUGCAGACGUUGAAGAGUUCUCAGAUAGCCAUCGUGAGAGGGUUGAGGUAAACGCAGAGCUAUGUGCCCAACCAACAGACUUUCUCGGCUCGACAUCUUACUUAGAAAUAAUGCAG